AAAAGGACCGGCCCCGUGGCGACGUCCAAUUCGCUCCGAACUUUGAGUCUCUAACCCUCACACUCAAGUCAAGCAAGACCGACGUCGAAGACACUGGCGUACGUAUCAUCAUUGCCCAAGUAAGGACCCCACUUUAUGUGGGCUAUGCUGGCGCUCUUCCAGAGGGACCCUCAGCCUCCGAACAACCCUCUGUUCAACUUGGGCACCGGCAAAGGUUUUACCAAGAAAGCUUCAGAACAGCUAUGUCCAAGCUUCCUCGAAACAGGCUGUAACCCCCGCAACUGGACUGGUCACAGCUUCCGUCGCGGGGCGGCCCAGCAUAUCUCCGAUUUUGGCAUGCUGCACCAUGAGAUUCGGUUGUUGGGUCGGUGGUCCUCGGACGCCUUCAAGCUUUACUUUACAGCGACACCACGCCAGCGCCAGCUAAAUGCUAUGGCAUCCCCAUUGUACAACACUGACACGUUCCCUACGCUGGCUCCCCCACUGCCACUGGCCUGAAAAGCAUCCCUGGGGUUAGUGGGUGCGAGUGUAUCCCCAGCCGAGUGAAAGUGCUCUAUUUUUAUGAAAGUAGGGACGGAUCCCCGUAUAUAUAGUGUUUCUAACGAGUGUGAUUUGAAUCGAAUA